CGGGCCGCGGUGCGACAGUGAUGCGCUGCGCGGUGGCGGGAAGGACAAUGGCUGGCAGACGCGGGGCCCUGAUCGUGCUGGAGGGCGUGGAUCGGGCGGGCAAGAGCACGCAGAGCCGCAAGCUGGUGGCCGCGCUGCGCGCCGCGGGCCACCGCGCCGAGCUGCUGCGCUUCCCGGAAAGAUCAACUGAAAUCGGCAAACUGCUGAGUUCCUACCUGGAAAAGAAAAGUGAAGUGGAGGAUCACUCGGUGCACCUGCUGUUUUCUGCAAACCGCUGGGAACAAGUGCCGUUCAUUAAGGAGAAGCUGAGCCAGGGUGUGACCCUCGUCGUGGACAGAUACGCAUUUUCUGGUGUCGCCUUCACGAGCGCCAAGGAGAAUUUUUCCCUGGAGUGGUGUAAGCAGCCGGACGUGGGCCUCCCCAGACCCGACCUGGUCCUGUUCCUGCAGCUAAAGCUGGCGGAGGCUGCCUCGCGGGGAGAGUUUGGCUGCGAGCGGUACGAGAGCAGGGCCUUCCAGGAGCGGGCACUGCAGGGUUUCCACCAGCUCAUGAGGGACCCGAGUCUCAACUGGAAGAUGGUGGAUGCUUCCAAAAGCAUUGAAGACGUCCACGAGGAAAUCCGUGCUCUCUCCGAGGACGCCAUCCUCAGUGCCGCACAGAGGCCGCUGGGAGAGCUGUGGAAGUGAGCCCAGGCCAUCGCUGGAGAGGAAACUGGAGGGCUCCCGUUCCCAUGGCCAAGGCCCGCCCCGCCUGUCCUGUCGGGCCACUGCAGGAAGUGGCAGUCCUCCUGAAUUUCUUCGAAUAAAAACUGACAUCAGUGUG